AGGGGCCGGCCCUCAGGGCCGGCGGCGGCGGAAGGGGCGGGCGGGCGGCAGCGUGGUACCGCCAUGGGUCGCAAGAAGAAGAAGAAGGGUCCCGGCGGCCGUGAGGGCCGGCUGGUAGUGACUUUUGACGAGGAGAGGCGGAGGGAGUACUUGACCGGCUUCCACAAGCGGAAGGUGGAGCGGAGGAAGGCGGCGCUGGAGGAGAUCAAGCGAAAGCUGAAGGAGGAGCAGAGGAAGAUGAAGGAGGAGCGGCACCAGGAGUACCUGAAGAUGCUGAGCGAGAGGGAGGAGGCGCUGGAUGAGGCUGAUGAACUGGAGCACUUGGUGACAUCGCGGACAGAGUCUGUGAACAUCGACCACCCAAACCACAUUGUAACAGUGACCACCAUCAGCGACCUGGACCUCUCAGGGGCACGCCAGCUGGGACUGACCACCCCUGUGGGAAAAAGUGAUGGAUCAGAAGAAGAGAAAGGGGAAGAAGUGGUGAACAAGCCUGUAAGAACAAUGCCAAAGAAGUCCAGAAACCCCUUCCUGUCUGAAAAGAUCUCUUCUCUUACUGCCACGCUGCACAUGCAUAGCCAGAAAAAGAAAGGAAAGCGACCCCAACGUGGGCAAGGCCCACGCAAGAAAACACAGAAAUCCAGCACGGGGCGAACCACUAAGACUCAGCGACGGAGGCUGACAGGAAAGAUGGGCCGUGACCAAGAUUAACGGAGAAAACUAGUGCUUGGACCAGCAGCUGGGACAGCACUCCAUAUCUGGACUGCAGCUCUUUGGGACCUCUUCACUGUGGGCAAGGGCCUUGUUCACUUGGCUCUCUGACCAGCAGUGAGCCUGGUUCAGCCAUUCUCUCACCUCCUGAGCACUGGCCAGGAUCACUAGACGCUCUAUCCGUUUAUUUCUGCGGUGAUCUCCAACUAAGUGUCUAGGUGUCACGGACUCUCUUAAAAACCUCUGCUGGGGCUGGGAUUCUCUAUUCGAAGUAAUCCUUCUGUUCUUGGGCCUCCCCUUCCAGAGUUGAUACUUGGCUUUAUCAAAGGAGAGGAUCUGGGGCUGAGUGCGACAGGCAUGUCAUCAGGGCAACUUGUGCGACUAGGAAGAGCUCUGCUUCCACUUGUCCAUCAGUGCCCGGGCAUCUCUGCUGUGCAGUAAAUCCUUUUUCUGUGGAGACAUGGCGUCAUCUUGUUUCAUGUGUUUCUUCUCCAGUGCCACACCUGAAUGCGGGGGUACUUUUUGUCUGGUACCUGUUGUGGGUGAAAUUUGGUAACUUUGUGAAUAAAUCUUUAUGAAGUCAUUUUGCUAAGAAAAAAAAAAAAACCAACACAUUUGUGACUUAUUUGAAGCAUAACAGCAACUGUGCUAAUGCCAGUACCAGCUGGGAAGAGGGGAGAUGAUUCCUGUUGCUUAAAGGAUAUUGAAAUCUGCUGGUGCUUAGAAAAGGGAGUAGCUAGGAGCUAUUUCUGUGGUAACACAGAACCAGCCAGAGCAGGAAUGGCUCAUUCCAUUGUCUGCUGAAUGUGCCGAUGUUAAUUGUGAUAGCUCAGAGGAGUACAAAAUGCCCUAAUGCCCUUGCUUGCAUGUGUGUGGCCCUUUCUGGGAUGGGAGCGGCAGAGGCUGCCCUUUACCUCAGGGCUGCUGCAGUCAUCAGCAGUUAAUUGCCUUUCUUCUUGGGACCUCUGUAUAUGUUUCUUUAGCAUGGAUGCCUUCAGUGGAGUGGGAAGGUUUGCAUGGUUGAGGAGUGCUGGUGGCUAAACUGGCAGUGAAUCCUCUGAGGAGGAGAGAGAGCCUAAGGUGGCGUGCUGGGCUCUGUCCUCCAGGAUCUGUAGGAGAUGGUGGCUGUUCAGCCUCUGGCAGCCAGGCCCCCUCCCUUGCCACAUGUCUACUGGUGAAGAAAUGACAAAGGGAGAACAGGCCUGUGUGGCCAAAACCCACACCAGAAAAUUGGCAACCCAGCAAUGGGCAAGUAUGUAGAUUCCUCAUGCCAAAAAUGGGAGGGGGAAGAGUAAACCAGUGCCUGAGGCUUUGUGGAGGAACAUCAGAGCAAAGCUGAUGGCCACCAGCUGCUAAAGCUAAGGGCACCAGCCUGAUGCAUAUCUCACUGUUUCUUGGAGCGUGCGCAUGCAAACACACAGAAAUUCUUCAGAGCGUGUUGGGGAGGGAUGUUUGAUCUCAACACUGAGAGCAGCUACACAAUUUCUGCUAGAGCGUGUUCCUUUGGAGGGAGCUGUGUGACACAUGCUAGUGGUGCGGAGCGGGGGUCCUUUUGCACCUCCCUUUCUCCUCCAGAGAAGGUAAAUGGCAGGGAAGUGGAUACUGUUACCCCUGUACUACCAGUGCCUUGUGUGCUUGGACUAUGAGUCCCACCCUGAGCUGAGACCUGGCGCUCUCAAGCAUAAAAUCUUAGUAACACUGGCCACAUCAUGAAAGUGUGUCUGGUUUCCUCACUCCAAAAAAAGCCGUGGUGAUCUUCUCUUGCGCUGCCUCAAAGGCCACUCCAGAAAGCUCACGGGGUUUAAUGCAUGACCUUGCCCGUCUUCCUGUCUCAACUUGGGGUGGUGGGUGUUUCGGAGCUGCAGAAGCACAACUUGGUGGCAAGGCCAAAAGUCACAUCCAAAGCAUCCAAGUGGUGCCAUGUGCAGAGCACAAAUUGUUUUUUCUUCUGGUUUGGGAGUUCCAUGCUCUAGAGCUGUUCUGCGGUGGUUGGGUUUGAAGGGGAUGUAGGAGGGAAGGAGAGGGAAGUUCUGUUUAGAGUGGUGCACCACACCAAGGGGAUUGUGGCUCAAAGCUGGAGGACAGUGUGUGACACCUUUGGUCUGGGUGGCAGGUGACUUGCGCUUGCCCCAGCCCCAGGAGUUUGCUCUGGAGCUGGAAUGGCUGCUGUUAAGGAAAUGUACAGUUCAUGUGUUUGUGAAAUCUGCUCAAGUGUGGAGUGUGAGCUGUGGGUUGGGUUGCCUUCUCCAGCCUAUAGACAGCCUGGCAUGGUGGCUGGGACGGUGCUGGAUUACCUUUUUAUAAUCCUGCUGGGAUGUUAAGAGUGACCUCAUUAGCUCUUUAGUGUUUCAUAGAAUCAUGGAAUGGUUUGGGUUGGAAGGGACUUCAAAGAUCAUCAGUUCCAACCCUCCUGCCCUGGGCAGGGACACCUCCCACUGGACCAGGCUGCUCAAAGCCCCAUCCAGCCUGGCCUUGAACAAUUCCUGGGAAGGGGCAUCCACAGCUUCUCUGGGCAACCUGUUCCAGUGUCUCACCACUCUCACAGUAAAGAAUUUCUUCCUAAUAUCUAAUCUAAAUCUCUCCUCUUUCAGCUUAAAACCGUUGCCCCUCGUCCUGUCACUAGACUCCCUCAUGAAGAGUCCCUCCCCAUCUCUCCUGUAGGCCCUGUUUGUUAUUUUGCUGCCAGGUGAUUUAGAAUAAUCUCUUUUUUUAGUUUGUUUCCCUGGCCCUAAUAACUUCUGAGCCUUUCUCAAGUGUCAGCUGAAAUCUGCAACGGCCUCUGCUGUGCUCGGAAGACUUCCAGUUCCUGCUGGAAGUUGUGUUUUCACAUUAAAAACAAAAAAAUAAAAAAGCAUAUGGAAAAACUGAGAACAGAACUGUUAAACCCUAUAGGGUGUUAACCAUCAGGAUUGUUGGC